AUGUCUAACAUCAAUACCUAUGACGACUGCGUCGGCAGCGAAGACUCUAUGGCGCGAUUCUCUUGUCUAUGUCCCAUAGACCACAUAUCAAUAUAUGAGAAGAACAAACGUUGGCCUAUGUGUUAUAAGAUAUGCGCCAACACUUCAGCUAACUGUACUGCAAUGCCUCCGCACCAAUUGCCACUCUCACUGUGCAGUUUUCAAUAUCUCAAUAGCACCAGCAUCAUGGACAAUUUAAGUUCUCAAGCUUAUCAGCAAAAUGCUGGUAUUAUAUUAGCUCAGAUUAAUCCGGAUACAUCAAUCAAUGGUAGCGAUUGCCAAAGCUGUAACGCGAUAUAUAAUUUUCAAUAUCAAAAUUACUGUUUGGCCAACUCUUUAAUGCGUCAGUAUUUACACUAUAAUGCCUAUUGGCAGUCCACCAGCAAAAGCAGCAGCAGAUUACACUUUGGUCAGCUCAAAUUCGUGGCCUUCUUUUGUAUGGCUUUGAACAAUGAUACCGCCUGCCAGCAGCUAGCAAAUCUUUGCGUGCUUUCGCACUAUUCCAUGGAGAAGCAUUCACCAUGCAGUGCUUUUCUGUUAACCCAAAUGUCCGAUAUGGUGAUCAAAUAUGCGCAUGCAAGCGAACCACUACGCAUAUUGCAACCUUUUUUGUUUUAUCGCAAGGGCAAAAGCACACGGGAAUUACUUACAAAGACGCUACAAUUGUCCAAUCCCGCUGAGGUGGAACUUUUUAGCACCAACUAUGAUCUAAGUGGGCGUCUCCAACGCUGGGGUGCAUUCAAGCUGGAUCAAUUAAAUCUGUGCCACGGACAAAAAGCGCCCACUUUAAGGCUUGCCCAGCAUCAGGUGCCACUGGAGUGUCAGCUGAGCCUGGAGCAGCUUAUCGAUUUAGCCAGCCAACAGGCUAAUGAUAACUAUCUUAGUCUUUAUCUCAACUUUAGCAGCAAUAACCAGUUUCUCCUACAUCAGCUUCCCGUGCUUAUAGAGACAUUGUCACCUGAAAAUCAGCGUUUGCAGCAGGAAGAGUGGCAGUUGGUGAAGCGUUUUCAACUGAUAUCCGCUCAGCCCAAAUUUAAUCGUCAGCAUGGAAUGCUACCACGCUAUGAGGACGCGCACAAGCUCCAACUCUAUCGGUCGCUGCGUUAUCUAUCACAAGUGGAGCUACAGUAUACCGUACACCCUGGUCAGCGUAUUGGUUUGCCACUGCUACGUCUAAACUAUCGCAACAUAGAGAUAGCGGAUAAUGCAAGCUUAAAACAAUUGCAUCCAUUUCAAUUGAGCAUAAGUUUUGUGGACUCGCGGCAGCGUCACAAGACGCAGCUGCUGCUGAAGUUGGCGUUACCGCUGCUACUGCUAUGGGCCUUUGCGGCAGCAUUGUUUCGUUUGCAGAAUCUACGUCGACGUCGUGCUGCGGAGCUUUGCAAUAACUUAGUGGAAUUGCUACUGCAAUUGUCUGGCAAUGUAGCAAAGGCAUUGCUAAUGACAGCAUUAAUGCUGCUGACUGUACAGGCUUAUAAUUAUAAUCAACUGGCUUGGCUAAGCUAUAGCGCCUUCCUACUCCAACUCAUGUUUUUAGGCGUGCAUCUGCGUCGCAUCAGUCAAUUGGAUGUGUUUCUCAUUGACUGGGAGCGUCCGCGCAGCAGCAGUAGUUACGAGGGCCAGGGACAACGCAUGAAUCUGGACAGUUCCUCGCUCUGCUCCAGCGUGCGCACCUAUGUGGCUGAGAGCAGUGUCUCCGCCUGGCGCAUACUCUUUACCGCAAAUGCCUGGAUUCGACUAAGCGCCUCUCAGAGUUAUUCCACUUUGUUGCAGGCUUUUGCUAUCAUUGCAUUACAACAGCUGUGUACACAUCUUAGUCCAGUCGCCCUUGACUUGACUUUGCAAACCGCUCUUAUCUCUGGCAGCUAUUUGGUGAUUUAUGCUAUACAAAUACUUGUACAUCGCUUACUUUUACCUAAUCCGCUGCAAAAGUUUGUUGAUCUUUGUAGUCAGGCAAAUGUGUCGCUUUUCUCGCUGCUUGAUCCGAGCUAUGGUUACUAUAUACAUGGACGUUCGCCUCAUGGAUUUGCGGAUACGGAUAUGUCCUCCAUGAUCUUGCAGCUGCAACGUGAGGGACAAAACAUGUGCGGACGGCGUGGUCUACUCAUGGAUUCUGACAAGCAGGCAUAUAUAAUUUUGCCGCCCCGAAAUCUGCAUAUCUACUUGGAACGUCUACUGUUGCCCUUGCAGCGCAGUCGUCAUGGCAGCUUGUCGCAAACGCUGCUCUAUCAAAAGGAUAUACCCAGCAUUGAUGGACAAGUGGAGCGCACCUCAAUUGCCUAUGCUAGCGUCAAUCGUUUCUUCUGCGCUUUUAUUGAUCAUGCUAUCAAGGAUAUGGAUUAUAUUAUCAAAGAAAAAUCAUUAGUGGAGAAGCUUUGCAAUUGCGAAAUCGAUAACUAUUUAACGGAAAAUAAAGGCACAUUUUAUAUAGACGACUAUUAUACUUUUAGUCACGCCCUGCUGCUUGGAAAUCAUUUUAACAUUUUUGUGCUGGAGCUACUUAUCUUACUCUCUAUAUUUAUGUUAACUUCAAGUUUGCUAAUUGCUACCGCCUUAAUCUGCGUGAUGAACAAGCUCCUACGCUACGUGUUCAUAAAAUGGGUACGCUGUAAUGUCUCACGCAAGACAUUGAUUGACGAGCGAUUUUUGCUAUAGCCUCGCAGUCAAAGUAAUGAGCAAUAUAUGCGAGAU